CGUGCGGAAAGCAAACUACCAUCAUGGAGAUGGACACCUUACUGUGGACUCUGUUGGGCACAGUAACUCUGUUGCUCUCCAUAAUACUUCUCCACAACAAAAGGACCAACUUCAGCCUAAGCUCUUCAUCAUCAUCAUCAUCAUCAUCAUCCAAAUGCAGUGGAAAACUCCCCCUUGGUACUCUAGGGUGGCCUUUUCUUGGGGAAACCCUGGAGUUCAUCUGCUGUGCUUACUCUGACCGCCCAGAGAGCUUCAUGGAUAAACGCCGGAAAAUGUAUGGGAAAGUGUUUAAGUCACACAUAUUUGGAACACCAACGAUUGUAUCAACAGAUGCAGAAGUGAGCAGGGUUGUUCUGCAUGAUACAAACACAUUUGUGCCGUUUUACCCGAAAUCUGUAACUGAGUUGAUGGGGAAAUCCUCCAUUUUGCUCAUCAAUGGGAGUCUGCAGAGGAGGGUUCAUGGACUCAUAGGAGCAUUCAUCAAGUCUCCCCUUCUCAAAGCUCAGAUCACGAGAGACAUGGUCAAGUAUGUUCAAGAAUCAAUGGAUAAGUGGAGAGAUGACCAACCCACAUACAUCCAAGAUGAAACCAAAAAUAUUGCCUUUCAAGUUCUAGUGAAGGCAUUGAUUAGUUUGGAUCCAGGUGAAGAAUUGGAGCAUCUCAAGGAACAGUUCCAUGAAUUUAUCUCCGGCCUAAUGUCUUUACCUGUAAAAGUGCCAGGAAGUCAACUUUAUCGCUCCUUGGAGGCAAAGAAGAAAAUGGUUAAGAUGCUUCAGAAAAUCAUCCAAUCUAAAAGGAAUUUUGGCAUGCCAACAAUUCCAAGAGACGUCAUCGAUGCUUUGCUCCAAGACACAAGUGGACAAUUAACAAAUGAUCUAAUAGCAGAUAACAUGAUUGACAUGAUGAUACCAGGAGAAGAAUCAGUGCCGGUCCUAAUGACUCUUGCAAUAAAAUACCUUUCAGAUUGCCCUGCAGCUCUUCGACAAAUGACGGAGGAAAAUAUGAAGUUGAAGAAACUCAAAGUUCUGAGUGGAGAGCCAUUGUCUUGGAAUGAUUUCUUGUCAUUAUUACCAUUCACACAAAGUGUUAUAACAGAAACUCUAAGGAUGGGAAACAUUAUAACUGGAGUGAUGAGGAAACCCACUAAAGACAUAGAGAUUAAAGGGCAUUUAAUCCCCAAAGGAUGGUGCUUUCUCGCGUAUUUUAGAUCAAUUCAUCUUGAUGAAAAUCACUAUGAUUGCCCUUAUAAAUUCAAUCCAUGGAGGUGGCAAGCAAAAGACACAAGCAGCCAUACCUUCACCCCAUUUGGAGGUGGACAAAGGCUAUGUCCUGGACUUGACCUGGCCAGGCUAGAAGCUUCCAUUUUCCUACAUUGCUUUGUUACUCAGUUCAGGUGGGAGGCUCAGGAAGAUACAAUUGUGCACUUCCCCACAGUAAGAAUGAAGAGAAGAAUGCCAAUUUGGGUCAAAAGGACGGAAGAAAAAUGCUAAAGCUACUUUGGCAGAGAAAAACAAAAGUUUCAACAGAAACUUCCAUAGAAUGAUACAAGAAUACCCAACAUGAAUAGACAAAAGCAGGUGAAAAAUCAAAGAGGGCGGUUGGGCAAGUGCACACGUGUGGGAAGGCAUCAUCACUGGAGCUGACAAUCUUUUGUUGUCUUCCUUAGCAAUUUCCCAUUUCCCCUCUACCCCUUGUAAAAAAAUAAAUAAAUAAAUAAAACAACAUUAUCAAGCUUAGAGCUCAAUUUUGUUUGAUUUUCUUUUCAAUGGUUGAAAACGUCAUUGUAUCCUGAAUAUGUAUCACAACCAAAUAAAAAUUCACAACUCAU